AUGUCGAAGCCAAAAGUGUAUGUGAUUGGAGGAGGAAUGACAAAGUUUUCAAAGCCCGGUUCUUCGGGAAUGGAUUAUCCGGAUUUAGUCAAAGAAGCUGUAAACGAAGCGCUUUCCGAGGCUAAACUGCAAUAUAAAGAUAUACAGCAAGCUACCGUAUCUUAUCUAUUUGGAGGCACUUGCUGUGGGCAACGAGCUCUUUAUGAGAUUGGUUUGACCGGAAUUCCUAUCUUUAACGUGAACAACGCGUGCGCUUCUGGAUCUUCAGGAGUGUUUUUGUGUAAACAAAUUAUUGAAUCAGGAAACGCGGACAUUGUGAUGGCGGUGGGAUUUGAGAAAAUGGCAACAGGACCGUUGGAUAAUAUGAGAAAUGCGCAGAAAACCGAUACAAGAGCUACAUCAAUGGACAAUCAUAUUCAGGUGAUGUCUGAUACUUACGGUUUAAACGCCUCUCCAAUCACUGCUCAAAUGUUCGGAAAUGCUGGGAAAGAACAUAUGGAAAAAUACGGCACAAAACGAGAACAUUUCGCAAAAAUCGCCUGGAAAAAUCAUCUUCAUUCGGUGAAUAAUCCAAAAUCUCAAUUUACAAAAGAAUACUCAUUGGAUCAGGUUAUGAACGCCAGAAAGAUUCAUGAGUUUAUGGGAUUACUUGAGUGCAGUCCGACAUCCGAUGGAGCCGCAGCAAUUGUUCUUUGCUCAGAGAAAUUUCUCCGGAAAAACUCACAUUUAUGGGAACAAGCCAUAGAAAUUGUUGGCAUAAAACUCGGAACCGAUCUACCAUCGGUUUUUUCUGAAAAUUCGAACAUCAAAAUGGUUGGAUUUGAUAUGAUGCAUAAAUUAGCUAAUGAUUUGUAUAAAGAGACUGGAAUCGGACCGAAUCAUGUACAGGUAAUCGAGCUUCACGAUUGCUUUGCACCAAAUGAAUUGCUGUCUUAUGAAGCGUUGGGAUUGUGUCCAAUUGGAAAAGGUGGAGAAAUCGUUGAUCGUGGAGAUAAUACAUACGGAGGAAAAUGGGUAAUCAAUCCGAGUGGAGGAUUGAUAUCAAAAGGACAUCCAAUUGGGGCAACUGGUGUGGCGCAAGUUGUCGAAUUGUCGAAUCAACUUCGUGGUCGUUGUGGGAAACGACAAGUGAAAGAUGUCCGCUAUGCUCUACAGCAUAAUAUUGGCAUUGGCGGCGCUGGCGUUGUUGCUCUCUACACUAAAGCGAACCUCGAAAAGGCGAAACUU